CUAUAGUCCCUAACUUUCGUAAUUACCAUUCGUGGUCCUCCGAGUUGUGAAAUCUGACCUGCUGCCAUCCUUCCGUUAGUUUCUUCCGUCUAAACCGUCAAAAGUGGGGAUAAAAAUAUCAUUUGCCAUAUUUGAGUGCGGAAUACACCAUGUCUAAAUUCCUGGAUGAUUGAAUAAUUCGAGAGAAGCAUCUGACAUGGAGAACACCAGCUCGCCCGCCGCCGCCGCCGAUAUCAACAACUGGACGAAGGCGGUGGAGGACCUCGUACACGAUGACCAACUCGAGAAGGCCAUUUCUUUACUGGAAACCAUGUUGUCGAAGCUCGAAACAGAUUCCAAAUUGGGCCAAUUGUUAGCUGCACUUCUGGACUUGUCGAAGCUCUAUGCGACUCAAGGUCUCUCUAUUGCUCUCGUGCUUUCCUCCUCAAACAAAUCUCUCUGCCCUUUUCCCAUCAAAUGAAGCUUUGUUUUGUGGAUGGUUUGACGGAUGCUGAUGAUGCAAAUAAGUCUUCUAAGGAAUCAAGAGGCAAGAGAAUUUCAGAAUAUAGUUCUUUGGUAAUCUUGAGAGCUCUUCCAACUUGCAAGGUGAUGGCUCAAAGCAAUGUGGUUCUUCAGUUGAUGGUGCGUAUAUUUUGUCUAUCCAUGUUGCAUAUCUUACUUGGCUUCACUGAAUUGCAGCGGAUGUAUGGUGCUGUUGGUCUUCUGCGGUUGUCGGGAAAGAACAUCGUCGCCAAGCGAAUAGCACCUGUCCAUGGAAUUGCAGCGGAUUCCGGCGGCAACACCAACGGACGAACGCUUAGACAGAAGAAACUAACAGGAGGAUGGCAGCAGGUCAGAUUUCACAACUUGGAGGAUCACGGAUGGUAAUUACGAAAGUUAGGGACUAUAGGUGGUGAAACCACCAAACUCGAGGGACCUUGACUGCCCAAUAAAUUAGCACAUCCCUAAAUAAAAGCGCAGCGGACGAGAGACGAUGAAGGGAGAGGCGCAAGAGUUCCGGCCGCAACAAACAGAGUCUCCGGACGAUGCGGAUUGAGGAAUUUUCAGUCCUGAGGAUGUCCGAUCGAUUAGCUGAAGCUUCGGACUGGCGAGAGAAACUUCAAUGGCGUCCGUGAUCCAAGGUCUUCUGCGGCCAUCGACUUCGCGGAGUUACGGUUGAACCUGAGCGGUAUAAAAGAGGUGCGUUUGGAGGGGGAUGGAUCUGUUGAAAGACAGAGCUAAACAAAUGAACACACAAUUGAAAUAUGGCUCUCAAACAAGAAGGAAAAUUAGGGAAGGAAAUGUUUCUAUAUUACUGCUUUCUGAUGUACUGCAUUAACAAAGAAAUACUGCCUUUAUAUAGGCUACAACCCAAUAGAAAUCCUAACU